UGCGCCUGCAUCAUGAACACUGUGCUCAGUUUUUAUCUCCUUGGAAUUUUCUUAAUUGGGACCCAUGCACAAUACUCGGUGACACAAGAUGCUUCCAUGUCUACCAGCUCUGGAGAAAAUGUCAAAAUAGACUGUGUCCUAGGAGGGGGUCUAACUGUCAGUAACAACAGAGUGGUAUUUGUUCAAAAGAAAACUGAUAGUAAACCCUCAUCAAUACUAUAUUAUUUCACUGAGUCCAACAAGGGAAUGGGACCAGGGGUCCCAGCACGAUUUGCGGGUUCUGCCUCAGGAAAUGUAGGGUCCCUCUCCAUCACCGGGGUGCAGCCUGAAGAUGAAGCAGAUUAUUACUGUGCAACAUGGACUGGUAGCCAGUAUCACAGUGAUAGGACAGAAAGAGGAAGACAUGCAAAAACACUGAGCAUCACCUGAGAUAGCUGUGCUGUAAA